AUGGACCCGGAAGCCGCCAGUCCAGUUUCAGACCAACCUCCAGUUUUCAACUACAUUCUCUCGUUUCUACUUGUCGGCGUGGCCUGGGGUUUCACCACACCUUUCAUCCGUCGCGCCGCUGCGGACUUUCAAGCGCGCCAGGAGAAGCAGCAACAGCUUCAGCAGACCGAACUCCAGCCUACAGGAGCACAAUCUCGAGCCCACGAUGACGACAAUGCGGACGAUAGUGCUACUGGGAGCGACGAGGAUCAACCCUUACCUUCCCAACCUUCCGAUCGCUCAACAACGCGGCAGCCGGCCUGGAUGAACCAAUCCACAUCCUCGUCCUCAUGGAUAAGAACGAAAGUCGUCUCUCUAUUUUGGACAGUUGUCAAUCUUUUGCGCACGCCGGCAUACUCCGUGCCACUAAUAAUUAACCUGACAGGGAGUGUCUGGUUUUUUCUCCUGGUUGGAAAGCAUGAACUCUCCUUGACUGUCCCCCUAGCGAACUCUAGUGCAUUCCUCUUCACGGUCUUGGGAGAGUGGUACGUAGAAAGGAAGGUCAUUGCGCGGGAGACAUGGCUUGGGAUGGCCCUGGUCCUAGGUGGAAUUGCGAUUUGCGUGCAGUCGAAGUCGUAG